CGAAAUGGCCAACUACUCGGCCCCCGUCCAGGGCAUCGCGGGGGCCUAUACGGGCGAUAGCCUGGCCAUCCAGGCCACCCUGGCGGCUCUCCUGGGAUGCGCGAUAUACGGCGCCAUCGAGCUCGUCGUGGUCAUCUUCUUCGCCUUCCACGUCUACCACGGCCUCUACUUCUGGAGUCUUCUCAUCUCCACCGCCGUCGGCAUCCUCCCGCAGGCCCUGGGCCUGCUGCUGAAAUACUUCGACCUGGCCCCGAUCGGCCUGUCUGUGACUCUCUCCACGAUCGGCUGGGCCGUGAUGGUGACCGGGCAGUCGGUGGUGCUCUACUCGCGACUGCAUCUAAUCGUCCGCAACAACCACGUCCUCCGCUUCGUGCUCUGGAUGAUCGUGAUCGACGCAAUCGUCCUCCAAAUCCCACAGAUCAUCGUCUCCUACGGCGCCGUCUACAGCACGCCGCAAUUUGGCUACAUCUACAACAUCUGGGCCAAGGUCCAACUCACCGGCUUCUUCGUCCAAGAAAUCAUCAUCUCCACGAUCUUCAUCAUCCAGACCUUCCGACUCCUCUACACCUACCCGCACCGCAGCAAGCGCCGCACCCGGAUCAUGGAGCAGCUGCUCGGGAUCAACACCAUGAUCAUCCUGAUGGAUAUCUCGCUGCUGGUGCUGGAGUAUCUCGACCUGUUUAUCUUGCAGACGGUGCUGAAGACGUUUUUUUAUACCGUGAAGUUGAAGAUCGAGUUUGCGGUGCUGUCGAGACUGGUCUCGUUUGUGCAUUAUGAUUAUGAGCAGGACUCGUCUGCGUUUAGCUAGAAUAGAACAGAUUUGGUCUUCUGUGGAAGGUUUUGUUUGGUUGGGU